GCCAUCACUCCUGCCUGUCCCUGUCCCCCUCCGGCCUCCCUCCUCCUCUUGUCCUCCGCAUGUAAGCUCGAUCGGCUCGGACAAGAAGCAACCCGCUUCAACCCCCGACCAUCGAUCGGCCUCAUCAUAGUGGAGUGCUGGAGUACGUGGUAUAUAGGAGGCGGAGGACAUGGUGAAGUUCUCGCGGGAGUACGAUGCCAGCAUCAUCCCGGAGUGGAAGCCCGCCUUCGUCGACUACAGGGGCCUCAAGAAGCUCAUCAAGAGGAUCAAGGUCGAACGGCGCGACGCCGACGACAGCAGCAGCGCAGGAGACUCCUCGCCGGAUACUGCCGCCCUCGCCGCCGGCGUCGAGAGCGCCGGCUAUGGCGCUGGCUUCUCCGUGCUCGACCCCGUCCGCGCCCUCGCCGCCCGGUUCGCGCCCAGGGUGCAGGCCUCCAUGGAUGACGAGGAGAGCGGGGAUUCCGGCGAGCUCGUGCGAUCCACGGACAAGCAUGAGCGGGAGUUUCUGGAGAAGGCGGACGAGGAGCUGGAGAAGGUGAGCACCUUCUACGCGGCGCAGGAGGCGGAGCUGCUCGGCCGCGGCGAGGCGCUCAUCGACCAGCUCCGCAUCCUCGCCGACGUCAAGCGCAUCCUGGCCGACCACCCGGCCACCCGCCGCGCCCGGGGCUCUGGCCGCGGCCGCUCCGUACCGGCGGUGGCGCCGCCCUCGCCGGCGCUCAGCAACUCCGGCCGCUACCUCCUCUCGGGCCUCGCCACGCCGCAGUCCAUGUCAGAUGGGAGCGUGGAGCUGCAGCAGGCGCAGAUGACGGAGGGCGCGGCGGUGGCGGACGAGGUGAUGGCGGCGCUGGAGCGCAACGGCGUCAGCUUCGUGGGAUUCCCCGGCAAAAAGGACGCCAAGAAGGAGGGCAGCGGCAGGGGCGGGAGGCUGCAGCUGCCGUCGACGGUGCGCAUCGACAUACCGGCGAGCAACCCGGGGCGGGCGGCGCUCAAGGUGUGGGAGGAGCUGGUGAACGUGCUGCGCAAGGACGGCGCCGACCCCGCCGCCGCCUUCGUCCACCGCAAGAAGGUGCAGCACGCCGAGAAGAACAUCCGCGACGCCUUCAUGGCGCUCUACCGCGGCCUCGAGCUGCUCAAGAAGUUCAGUUCUCUGAAUGUAAAGGCCUUCACCAAGAUUCUCAAGAAAUUCGUCAAGGUGUCGGAGCAGCAGCAAGCAACGGACCUUUUCUCGCAGAAGGUGAAGAGGUCAUCGUUCAGCACGUCCGACAAGGUGCUUCAGCUGUCGGACGAGGUGGAGGCACUCUUCCUGAAGCACUUCGCGGGCAACGACAGGAUGGUGGCGAUGAAGUACCUCAACCCGCAGCAGCCCAAGAACACCCACAUGAUCACCUUCCUCGUAGGGUUGUUCACGGGCACAUUUGUGAGUUUGUUCAUCAUAUACGCCAUCCUGGCACAUGUUUCCGGCAUUUUCGCCUCAACUGGAAACACGGCCUACAUGGAGGUAGUCUACCAUGUCUUCAGCAUGUUCGCACUCAUCAGCCUGCACUGCUUCCUCUACGGGUGCAACCUCUUCAUGUGGAAGAGCACCCGGAUAAACCAGAAUUUCAUCUUCGACUUCGCCCCCAACACCGCCCUCACGCACCGGGACGCCUUCCUCAUGUCCGCCUCCAUCAUGUGCACCGUCGUCGCCGCCUUGGUCAUCAACCUCUUCCUCAGGAAUGCCGGCGCAUCCUAUGCCAACGCCGUGCCCGGGGGGCUCAUAGUGCUGUCAGCCGGACUUUUACUCUGCCCGUUCAAUGUGUUCUACCGCUCGACACGUUACUGCUUCAUGCGCAUCAUGCGCAACAUCAUGUUCUCACCAUUCUACAAGGUUCUGAUGGCCGAUUUCUUCAUGGCUGACCAAUUAACUAGUCAGAUCCCGUUGUUAAGGCACAUGGAGUUUGCAGCGUGCUACUUCAUGGCAGGAAGCUUUAGGGCUAACCCAUAUGAGACUUGUACUACCAGCCAGCAGUACAAACACCUGGCCUAUGUCAUCUCUUUUCUCCCUUACUAUUGGAGAGCUAUGCAGUGUUUAAGAAGGUACAUAGAAGAACAUGACAUUAAUCAGCUGGCCAAUGCUGGGAAGUACGUGUCGGCGAUGGUGGCGGCUGCCGUCAGAUUCAAGUACAAUGUCACACCGACACCAUUCUGGAUGUGGAUGGUCCUCAUCUCGUCCUCAGGCGCCACCGUUUACCAGCUCUACUGGGACUUUGUCAAGGAUUGGGGCUUUUUCACUCCCAAAUCUAAGAACCUAUGGCUCAGGGAUGAUCUCAUCCUGAAGAACAAGUUCACCUACUACAUUUCCAUGAUGCUAAAUCUAGUGCUUCGGCUAGCAUGGGCUCAAAGUGUGAUGAAGAUCCGUAUUAAUAAGAACGAGACUCGCCUGCUGGAUUUCUCCCUUGCUUCCUUGGAGAUAAUCCGACGAGGACACUGGAAUUUCUACAGGCUGGAGAACGAACACUUGAACAAUGUUGGCAAGUUCAGAGCAGUGAAGACUGUCCCAUUACCAUUUCGUGAACUCGAAACGGAUUGAUGAUAAGACGAGAGAAGAGUGUAACAGCGUUCUCCCAAUACCAAGGGAAUUUAGGUUCAGAGUUCCAGGAAUGGUUGAGCUGACCCUAGUAAUGCUUGCUGCUAGAUUUGGUGUCGAGGUGGUAAUAAAGCCUUCAGAGAGCAUAUCCACAAGAUCACAAUGUUGCUGAUCUUAAGAUGGAAUAAGCUCAGAUGGUGCAUUGUAUCAAGUUCGCCAGGGCACUGCUAGCUGAGGCAUUCUGGUCAAGAAAGAGGGGGUAGGAUCCUCAUUGCCCAUUGAAGAUUGAUGUGCAUAGAUCAGCAAAGAUUUUAGCUUUGCUGAUGAUUAAGCUGUAUGUUUGUGUG